AUGGCGUCACGCUGCCCAAGCAGCCGUCUCCCGUGGACCGUGGUCCUACUGCCAGUCAUCCUGGUGGAGUCUGGGAAUGUGGCUUCCUGGUUUGGAGAGGGGAGAGAAAGCAGCCCCCAAACUGACCUGAACUUUGCUGGGGAGGGUGCUGCUGCCUCGCUGGACACUGUCSAACCCAGGUCUCCCCAGUGGCAGCAGCAGCCUGAAGCUGCCCCUUGGAUGCGGCUGAUUCCUCUGUGUUGUUUCUCCCUGGAGCCUGUGAGCCCAGUGCGGCCCGACCGUCUGGGUACUGUGAUAYGUGGUGAUGACAGCGAGUACAUGUUGAUGGUCAUUUUCAACAGGGUCUCAUCUUUGUCUGCUCUCUUUCUCGCAGUGGCCGCGGGCCGAGGAGCUGUGGACGGCCUGCAGAGGUUCUCCUCGCUGCCGGCCUUCCUGCCCUCUGACCUGCGCAUCGCCGGUGCCGAGGCGUCCUUCUUCCUCAAGGAGGCCAGGCAGGACCUGACGCGCAACGCCAGCCUGCAGGCCCGGGUGGAGUCCCUCUUCGUCUACCGCGCCCGGGGCCCGCCCUCGGUCAACGCCAGCUACGGGCCCUUCUCCGCUGAGAGGCCGGUGCCCCGGGAGCUCCUGCUGACGCCCACGGCCUUYGGGGACCUGGAGAAGUUCCCCUUCAACUGGAAGCUGAAGCCCCACAUCCUCGACAGCUCCAUCUACUCCAACCGGCCCAAGGUGCAGACCCUCUUCUACGUCACCGGCAUGGCCUGGGACGACAGUGACCCGGGGGAGGACCUGCCCUGCGUCAAGAUGUUUGCCUUCCCGGAGGCCAGGGAGGUGGCAGCUAGCUGCCGGCUGCAGGGGGCCCCUGGGCUGUGCGUGGCCGAGCUGGAGCUGCUGCCCGAGUGGUUCAGCUCCGGCCUGGACCUGGAGCCCGAGGAGGAGAUCCCGGCCCUGCUGGGGGGCACGGCCAUGGAGCUCUUCUUCAGUCUCUACCCAGCCGACGCGGCGGGCCAGUGUCCCCUGGAAGAGGAGGGCAAGUGGGAGAACAACAUCCACUUGGGCCAGGACAGCCCCCCGCAGGCGCCCCCUGCCCGGGAGCGCAUYGGCAGCGUGGUGGUCUACCCGACUCAGGACGACCUGCGCUGGUCCCUGCUGAACCUGGACCAGAACGUCGCCCUCUCCGUCCCGCUGAACCUCAUCCGCGAAGGGGACACAGCCACCUUUUUGGUCUCUCUGACCAGCGGCUCCGUGGCAGAACAGUUCACCCUCCGAAUUAAGGCGGCAGCUGGUGUGAAGAUCACGGCCGUGAGAAUCAGCAACGAGGACCAGUGGGCGGUGCAGGAGGAGGUGGACCACAGCAGCACCCAGACGACGGCCACCCUGGCCUGCGUGGGCCACCCGGACACCCAGGGCAGAGCGAAUGGCUCCGUCUACGAGAUCCUGCAAGUGGACUUUGGCAUCGACAACAGCAGUGGCUUGGCAGGGGCCCAGCAGAUCACCUGGCAGGUGGAGUACCCAGCUGAGGACUCCAUGAGCGAGCUGGUGGUCUCCGAGAUCUUCGUCAGCCAGACGACCUUUGUGGGCAUUGUCCCUCUUGCAAUG